AUGAAGGCCUUAUUGUGGCUAACCCUUCUCGGCGUAAACAUAUCCUUUGUUUCAGCCGCAGGGAUUGAUUUCCCAGCCUCAUGCCAAGCCUUUUCACCCGAUACGAGGGCUGCGAACGCACAUCGUGAGUUCAUUGAAUAUGUGCCCGCGGGGACGAAUCUCAGUCUUCCGUACAAUGAUGCGACAUGUGCUCGCCCGUAUCAGAUUGUCCCGGUGGACGUUUGCCGUGUCGCAUUGUAUGUGGAGACAUCCAUCAGAUCGGGCGUUACCACAGAAGUCUGGCUACCUCGAAAUUGGACGGGAAGGUUCUUGGGGACUGGAAAUGGUGGUAUCGAUGGUUGUAUAAAAUAUGAGGAUUUGGCGUACGGAGCCGCAAGUGGAUUCGCUGUUGUCGGCUCGAACAACGGGCACAAUGGCACGACCGCCGCCUCUUUUUAUCAAAAUUCGGAUGUCCUUGCGGACUUCGCUUGGAGAGCCACAGUGAUAGGCAAACAAGUCACUCAGGCAUUCUAUGGGCAAUCUCAUACAAAAUCAUAUUAUCUGGGUUGCUCUUUGGGUGGACGGCAGGGUAUGAAUUCCGCAGUGGAAUUCCCCGACGACUUCGACGGCAUUGUUGCCGGCUCACCAGCACUGGACUUCAACAAUCUUGUCUCUUGGAGAGCAAGCUUCUUUCCUAUUACAGGUUCCGCUGACUCCACUAACUUCAUAAAUGUAUCAACAUGGAAGAACCUAAUCCACUCUGAAGUACUGGCACAGUGCGAUACACUUGACUGUAUCGAUGACGGUAUCAUCGAGGAUCCCACUUUGUGCCAUUUUCGUCCAGAAGUAUUAAUAUGUACGAAGGAAAAGAUAAAUAACUGUCUGAGCAUUGAGCAGGUAGAGAUCGUGCAGAAGGUGUUUAGUCCGAUGUAUGGUGAAAAUGGGCAACUGAUAUUCCCAUCAAUGCAACCAGGGAGCGAGCUAGAGGCCGCAGACAAGCUUUAUGCUGGAAAGCCAUUCAGUUAUUCUAAAGUCGCGGAUGACUUGAAUCCCCAGGAUAUCAGGACCUGGCCGAACGACCUGUCAAAGUACGAAGAGAGAGGAGGAAAGAUAAUCACCUUUCAUGGACAGCAGGAUGGUAAGAUCACCAGCUUCAACACGGAGCGAUUUUACAAUCAUCUUUCGACCGCCAUGAACAUGUCUUCGUCCGAGCUUGACCAUUUCUUCCGCUUUUUCCGCAUCUCAGGCAUGUCCCACUGUAGCUCAGGCCCAGGAGCAUGGGCAUUUGGGCAGGGCGGUAGCCCUGCUCCAACAAUGACACCGUUUAACAGACAUGAGAAUAUCCUGGCUGCGUUGGUCGCUUGGGUGGAACUCGGGGUAGCCCCAGAGACCAUUACGGGGACAAAGUACCCGCCAGCUGAACCGUCCCAGGCGAAACCUGCCCACUCUACCGUCUCUGUCGACAGUCUUGGUGAGAUCAAAAAGCAGUCUACUCCCGAGGCGAAGCAACGCGCUGGUGAUGAGAAGACCCCUAAGGAGAGACACCAUGCGAACCAGAAAAAGCACAGUGACAUUGAUGGAGGAACUGGCAUCUCUCAGAACCAGGAUCAGUCGGUUAGCAUUGGAUACCGUGGCUACCCGCUCUUCUGGUUCCUCCCUGAGCGAUUUGCAGCUCACGCCUAUCGACCCACCGAUAUUCUGUCUUUCUCGGAGUCCCCGCCCGAAAUACCUUCCUACAAGGAACCUAGACUGGGUACAGUUCCGGUUGGCAUGGUGAUGAACGUCCCAGAUCAUGUGGAUGAGAGUGCUGGUAUCAGAGCUCGUGUGGCAUUUGAUGUUGCAGUCUUACACGUUUCCCUUGAGCCCCCCUUUUGGACCAUUGCUAGCAGGACCGGUAGACUUCUGAAUAGCGCAGACUACUGCCUUGACCCAAGAUUUGUCACUGAGAAACUGAGCCUAAUCAAGAUCAGAGAGAUGAUACAGACUCACAUAAUCGAAUUGACCACCUAUCGCCAUAGAUUCCUCUUGUUGUUACGUUCUUGGCGCAAAGAACGAAGGCUCUGGGAGGUUCGACUAGCGCUAUCUCAGAUCAGACGGGGCAACGACUCGAUAUUCCAACAUCCCCUGACCCAUGAAGAUCUCGACCAUCUCUGCCUUUGGUAUAGAGAGCAACAAGCAGCUGAGGACCGUGGAGAGAUUGACCCAUCCUCGUUUGGCCGGGUUACUGGCAUGGUGAAUCCGUGUGCUAAGGAAAUACAACCUAACUUGCAGGGCGGUUUUGUGAACGAUGCUAUUUUCACUCGAUUCGAGAAGCUCAAAGAGGCUAUAAGGGGCGUUAUUGCUAGGAUCAAUACAUUGCAGGCCCAUGAAGACGAGCAGCAGCGGCGCCAGCGGGAACAACGCGCCAAGCGGGAGCGAGGAGCACAUGAGAGUGGAAAUGAUGGUACGAGUCUUCCGGGAGAUGCCUUGCUGGUAGACUUCGAAUUUGAUACUGAGGACCCCUUCCCUUCAGCUCCAGUGAUAGACCCCCUGCCCAUUGACCUCGAGUAUCGCGCCGCAUACUACCACUGGCACGUCGAAAGAUAUGGUGUUUGGGCCACGAAAGGCUUGUUCAAGCGCGCGACCUAUCUUGACACAUUUCAGCUUGCACCUCCGAAUGAUCUUUCCUUCUUCGAUAAACCACGAGCAGAAUGGCCCCGAGGACACCAAGGUCUGCUCCCUGAACAUGUAGACUAUAUCGACGAUUUUCAGGUCCAUCCUUGGGGAAUACCAGCAACCCGCUUCACUCAAGCUCUCCGUCACCAGCCUCAGUAUACUGCUGAUGUCAUCUAUUCCAAAAAGGCGCGUAUGGCCCUCAAGAGUAUUGAGCUUUAUAUUCAAGACUGGCCUCUUCCAUGCGGUGUUCGCGGCGGUCUUUUAGAGGUUAUCCAGGAACUGCAGUGA